AUGGCUACCCCUAGUGUCCUCGCUUUUGACGCUGAGGGUCGGGCCAUUGACUUUGAGGUCUGGGUAGAUGACCUGCAGCUGUUCUUACAAUGCGAUAGGGCAGACGGCCUCUCUCUCUUUGACCUUACCUCUGGCGCUUCCCCUGCCCCUGCUGCUGAUGCUGACGCCACGGUUCGCUCCCAGUGGGCCACGCGCGACGGUGCUGCACGUCUUGCUGUGCGUCGCCACCUCCCUACCUCUGAGCGUGCGCACUUUAGUCAGUACAAGAGUGCUCAGACCUUGUACGACGCUGUAGUCGCACGCUACUCCUCCCCUGCCACUGCUGCACUGAGCCUCACUCGCCUUCCUGACUCCCUUCGCGUAGUCAGGGACCACUUUCUCUCAAUCUGUCCCACCACACUCACUGUCGACCUCCUCGAGAAGGCCCUAGCAGCGGAGAAGAGUAUAGUCGCUGUAGGAGCCUCUCAAGGUGACCCGCGCACCCCCAUCUUUGAGGAGUGUUCCCCCUCCCCCCUGCUGCCCUCUGUUGCCUCUGCUGCUGCGGCCGACCUCCUUGGUCUUGAGUCGGUCGGUGCGGCGUCUGCCCCUAGCGGGAGACGCCGCACUGGCAAGGGCAAGGGGGGCACGGGAGCUGGAGGAGCGGGCGGUGGAGGUGGAGGUGGAGGCGGUGGGGGGAGUGGGGGUGGCGGUGGGAGUGGAGGUGGGGGUGGGGGGGUCGGCGGCGGAAGUGGAGGCAGAGGCGGCGGCGGCGGUGGCGGUGGGAGCGGAGGUGGCGGAGGAGGCGGCGGUGGAGGCGGCGGCGGAGGUGGCGGUAGUAGCGGAGGCGGCGCAGGCGGCGGAGGCGGUGGGGGUGGCGGUGGAGCCGGUCGCGGGUCUUCGCAGAGGGGUGGCUCCGGUGGUGCCUCGCGCCAGCCGCUGCAGCGCGGUCGUGGGACCCUGUCCCCUCAGCAGCUCCGUGAGUGGUACACUGCACGCCAGCGGGGUGGGGGUUUUGGUCCGUGCACCUACGUCCUGCGCACCGGCGUCCGUGUGGGUGAGCAGUGUGGGGGUGCACACCCCGCCCAGCGCUGCUUUGGUCGCCUGACGGACGCGUGGCGUCACCAGUUCCCAGAGGCCUCAGAGAUCCCUCGCUGGGGCGAGCUGUCUAGGGCGGGUGUUGCCAUCUUUGAUCUUGACUUUGAUGCUAUUCUCUCUGCCAUGUAUGCUGUGUCUAUUAGUGAUGAGGGUGACUAUUACCGGUGUUUCUCGCCCGAUCCGGGCAUUGAGACUACUGCUCUAGGUACUGGUGCGGCUGCUGCCCUAGGUGCUUGUGACGCUCCUGCUCUAGGUGCUAGUGUGUCUGCGUCCUCAGGUACUGGUGAGUCUGCGCUCUCAGGUACUACGUCGGCUUCGGCCUCCCUCACCUUCACCCUUGACUCUGGGGCGUCUCGCUCCUUCUUUCGGGACCGCACCACACUCACACCGCUGAGUCGGUCGGUUGCUGUGUCUCUGGCUGACCCCUCAGGGGGUCCUGUCCUUUCUCGCUUCUCCACAGUCCUCCCGUGUCCGGCGGCUCCCUCUGGCACCCUGUCUGGUCUCUACCUCCCCUCGUUCUCUACGAACCUGGUGAGUGGUGCUGAUCUACAGGAUGGGGGAGUGCACCAGUUCACUCCUGCGCGUCAGCGGGUGACGCACUGUACAGAGGCUAGCACAGGCCGGCACCUGGCUGCGUUUACCCGUCAGCCGGGGUCAAGCCUGUACACACUGACCACUGCGUCUCCUCCCGUUACUGAGUCUGGUAGAGUCACUUCGUCCGGUCAGGUGUUUGCUGCAGCGUCCAGGUCUGGUCCUGAGUCUGCCCCCUGUUCGUGUCGUCUCUUGUCUCACGAGACUCUCCUCCGGCACCACCGUCUUGGUCACCCCUCUAUGCUUCAGUUCAGGGGCAUGGCCUCCCGUCUUCUUGUGUUUGGUCACCCCCGGUCCCUCCCUCCCCUUCCUCAGGGCCCUGGCCCUGCCUGUGUCCCCUGUGUCAAGGGGCGCCAGCGGGCUGCCCCUCACGCCUCCCAGUUUCCUCCGACAGAGGCCUCGUUGCAGACGCUUCACAUGGACGUGUGGGGCCCAGCCCGCGUCCGUGGACAGGGUCACGAGCGCUACUUCCUGCUCGUUAGUGACGACUACUCGCGUUACACCACAGUCUUCCCCUUGCGCAGCAAGGGUGAUGUCACUGAGGUGCUGAUCGACUGGAUCCGCACAGCUCGUCUCCAGCUCACGCAGAGCUUUGGCUCGGACUUUCCUGUUCUGCGUCUGCACUCGGACAGAGGCGGAGAGUUCUCCUCUGGCCUUCUGCGAGCCUACUGUCGUGCACGAGGCAUCCGUCAGACCUUCACGCUUCCGGAGUCACCGCAGCAAAAUGGGAUUGCUGAGCGCCGCAUUGGCAUGGUCAUGGACGUCACUCGUACGUCUAUGAUGCAUGCGGAUGCCCCCCAUUUUCUGUGGCCGUUUGCGGUCAGGUACGCGGCGCAUCAGAUCAACCUUCACCCCAGGGUCUCCAGGCCGGAGACCUCCCCAGCCCUGCUGUGGACGGGGAAGGUUGGCGAUGCGUCGGCCUUCCGGGUCUGGGGAUCUCGGGCGUUUGUCCGCAACUUGUCUGCGGACAAACUGUCCCCUCGCGCUGCUCCUUGCGUCUUCCUGGGGUUCCCCCCCGACGCGUCUGGGUGGCAGUUCUACCACCCCACCUCUCGCCGUGUUCUGUCCUCCCAGGACGUCACGUUUGACGAGUCGAUCCCCUACAACCGCCUCUUCCCCUACCGCACUCCGUCCCUCCCCCCGCCCCCGCUCUUCCUUGUACCAGGUCCCCCCCCGGUAGACCCCCUCCCCCCUCAGGGUCCUGCCCCUUCAGGUGUGUCCCAGGUAGACGCAGUCGAGCCUAUCGAGGUCACUGGUGACUCUGGUGCUGCUGAGGGUGCUGAGCCCAGGGGUGCUGAGAAUGGGGGUGCUCAGACUAGGGGUGCUGAGCCUGGGGGUGCUGGGCCUGGGGGUGCGGAGCCUAGGGGUGCCGAGCAUGGGGGUGCUGGGCCUAGGGGUGCGGAGCCUAGGGGUGCUGAGCCUGGGGGUGCUGAGCGUGGGGGAGCUGAGCCUGGGGGUGCUGAGCCUGGGGGUGCUACGCCUGGGGGUGCUGAGCCUUGGGGUGCUGGGCCUGGGGGUGCUGAGCCCGGAGGUGCUCUUCCUGGAGGUUCUCCGGGUGCUUCGUCUCGCCGGGAGCCACUCUCCCCACUGGAGCUGCGCGAGUGGUUUGCCCGGCGCUGGAGCCGUGCUGCUGGUGCUGGAGGUUCGUCGGCUACUGAAGGUGCUGCUGUCGCGGUUCCCGGAGGUGCUCGUCCUGGGAGUACUGGAGCUGCUGGGCCUGCAGGUUCGACUGGAGUUGGUGCUGCUGAGGGUGUUGGCGCUGAGACUACCACUGGCGGUCCUGCUGGGGGUGCUCCUGGUGCUGCUGGAGGUUCUGGAGCUGCUGGUGGUGCUGCUGGAGCGGGUACUCCUGCUGGGGGUACUGGUGCUGUCCCUGCUGCUUCUGGCGUCGCCACGCGGCCUCGGCCGUACUUCGUUCCACUCCUGCAGCAGUUUCUUGGUCGUCCACCUUCUACUGGUCCUCCUCCUCCCUUAGAGGGUCCACAGCCUGUCCCGUCACAGUCACAACUACAGCCUGCCUCCCCUUUGCCUGCUCCUUCUCCCUACGCUGGUCCUACUGGAGGUCUUACUGAGCGUCGUGAGCCUGCGUCUCGUCCUGCGUGGCCUGUUCGUGCUGCUCGCGCUAGUGGUCGCGGUUCGCGUCAGCGUCCUCCUCCUGUCCCUGGCACGCACCGGAUGUCUCUACGUCCGUCUACUGCUCCUCUGCGUGCCCCUUUGCCUUCUCCUCCUGAGUCCUCUCUUCCUGCACUUGCCGACCCGGAGUCGGACUCUCUUCGUGCUGCCAGUCCUACUGUCACGCGUCUCCUGGCUACUGUCGUCACUGACCCUUCUUUCGAGUCUACUGCUGCGUCUGCUCUCGUUACUGAGCUCGUCGACUUUGCUGCUCGCUGUCGCCUAGACUACGCUACUAGUCGUGUUGCUGAGUCUGCGUCUGUCUGUCCUCCGUCUGUCGGGGGUAAGUGUGCCCUUGGCACGGACGUCCUUGAGGACAGGCAGGAGGAGUUCCAGUAUCUGGCAGCUGCUUCACCUCAUCUCGUGUCCGUACUGCUUACCCCUGAGGGAGACCCGGAUGCACUUGACAUCCCGACUCCGCGCUCUUACGCGGAGGCGAUAGAGGGUCCCUACUCCUCUCAGUGUGGCAUGUGGAUCUUCAGGGUGAAGCGGCCGCCGGGCUCUCCGCCUGUCUUCAAGGCGCGUUACGUGGCUCGUGGCUUCAGACAGCGGCAGGGAGUUGACUACUUUCAGACCUUCUCCCCCACCCCAAAGAUGACCACUCUUCGGGUACUGCUGCACGUUGCUGCACACCGUGACUACGAGCUGGACUCUCUUGACUUCAACACUGCUUUCUUGCAGGGCAGCCUGCACGAGGAGAUCUGGCUGCGCUGUCCACUUGGCUUCACUGGGUCUUUCCCUCUUGGUACCCAGUGGAGUCUCCGGCGUCCAGUCUACGGUCUCCGCCAGGCGCCACAUGAGUGGCACGACACACUGAGGACUACACUUGCGGCUCUUGGGUAUGCUCCUUCUUCUGCCAACCCGUCGCUGUUUCUGCGCACCGACACCUCUCUGCCGCCGUUCUACAUCCUCGUGUACGUCGACGACUUGGUCUUUGCCACAGCUGACACUACUAGACUCGCCUACGUGAAGUCCGAGCUGCAGAAGAGACACACGUGCACAGACCUGGGUGAACUGCGGAGCUACCUUGGCUUGCAGAUCACCCGGGACAGAGCACGCCGCACCAUUACCUUGACUCAGUCACACAUGGUGCAGCAGGCCCUUCAGCGCUUCGGCUUCACGUACUCCUCGCCUCAGGCCACUCCUCUGCCUACUCGCCACUCACUCUCAGCUCUGCCUUCGGAUGAGUCCGUAGAGUCAAGUGGCCCGUAUCCAAAGCUCGUUGGCUGCCUCAUGUACCUGAUGACCUACACACGACCUGACCUUGCAUACCCUCUUAGCAUUCUUGCACGCUAUGUUGCUCCUGGGAGACACCGACCAGAGCACAUGGCUGCAGCGAAGAGGGUGUUGCGCUACUUGUGCAGUACGUCGGGCAUGGGGCUAGUGCUUAGAGGGCGUAGUCCAGUGGUCCUCACUGGGCACGCGGACGCUUCUUGGGCUGACGACCAGGCUACGCAGCGGUCAUCACAGGGUUACACCUUCAGCCUUGGUUCCGGCUCUGUUUCGUGGCGGGAUACUCGCUCGUCUUCUGUUCUCGGCUCCAGUUGUGAGGCUGAGAUCUACGCCGGGGCCAUGGCAGCCCAGGAGCUUCGCUGGCUCACCUACCUUCUGACCGACCUUGGAGAGCCGCCUUGUUCUCCUCCAGUCCUGUACGUAGACAACAAGGCCAUGCUGGCCUUGUGUCGAGAGCAGCGACUGGAGCACAGAACAAAGCACAUUGCUCUUCGCUACUUCCUUGCUCGUGAGCUACAGCAGCGAGCUCAGUUGCGGCUUGCGUACGUGGCUUCUGAGGCCAACACUGCUGAUGUUUUCACCAAGGCACUUGCGCCUUGUGAUCAUCAGCGCUUCUGUACUCAGCUUGGUCUUGUACCUGUCUUGCCUCACUUGCUCACUUCUUGA